AUGGCGACGUCCCGCGCUGCCCGCGCCCUCCUCCUCCUCCUGCUCCUGCUUUGCCUGCCCGCGCUGAGGCGGGGGGCGCGGGGCAGCGGGCAGCGCCUUCGGGGUUGUCCUGCGCCGUGCCGCUGCGAGCAGGAGGGCAUGCUGCUCCGAGCAGACUGCUCCGACAUGGGGCUGACGGCCGUGCCCGCCAACCUCAGCGCCUUCACCUCCUACCUUGAUCUCAGUAUGAACAACAUUACUAAGCUGCCCUCGAACCCCGUGCACAAUCUCCGCUUCCUGGAAGAGCUACGUCUUGCAGGAAAUGGCUUGACAUACAUUCCUAAGGGAGCAUUUUCUGGCCUUUUCAGUCUUAAAGUGCUAAUGCUGCAGAAUAACCAACUACGCCAGGUUCCUACUGAAGCACUCCAGAACUUGCGCAGUCUGCAGUCUCUACGCCUGGAUGCCAACCACAUCAACUAUGUGCCCCCCAACUGCUUCAAUGGUUUGGUCUCCCUCAGACACCUGUGGCUAGAUGAUAAUUCUUUGACAGAAAUACCCAUCCAAGCUUUUAGAAGUUUACCAGCACUUCAGGCAAUGACACUGGCACUGAAUAAAAUUCAUUACAUACCGGACUAUGCUUUUGGAAACCUCUCCAGUUUGGUAGUACUACAUCUCCAUAACAAUAGAAUCUACUCCCUGGGAAAGAAAUGCUUUGAUGGGCUCCACAGCCUGGAGACUUUAGAUUUAAAUUACAACAGUCUGGACGAGUUCCCCACUGCUAUCAGGACACUAACAAACCUAAAAGAACUAGGAUUUCAUAGCAACAACAUCAAGUCAAUACCUGAGCGUGCGUUUGUAGGUAAUCCAUCACUUAUUACAAUACAUUUUUAUGAUAACCCCAUCCAGCUUGUUGGAAAAUCUGCUUUUCAAAACUUACCAGAACUCAGAACUCUGACUUUAAAUGGUGCCUCACAGAUAACAGAGUUUCCUGAUCUGACUGGGACUACAAGUCUGGAGAGUUUGACACUCACAGGAGCACAGAUCACCUCUCUCCCCAGAUCAGCUUGUGACCAGUUGCCUAAUCUCCAAGUGCUAGAUUUGUCUUAUAAUCUGCUGGAAGAUUUACCCUGCUUUACUGCAUGUAGAAAGCUACAAAAAAUUGACUUGCAUCAUAAUGAAAUUGAUGAAAUCAAAGCAGAUACAUUCCGGCAGCUGGCUUCUCUUCGUUCUCUGGAUUUAGCUUGGAACAAAAUUAAAAUUAUUCACCCCAGUGCCUUCUCCUCUUUACCAUCUCUGAUCAAACUGGAUGUGUCAUCCAACCUUUUGUCCUCUUUUCCUGUGACGGGGCUACAUGGUUUAACUCAUUUAAAAUUAACAGGAAAUCAUGCACUACAAAGUUUGAUAUCAUCUGACAAUUUUCCUGAACUCAAGGUCAUGGAAAUGCCAUAUGCUUAUCAGUGUUGUGCCUUCGGAGCUUGUGAGAGCCACUACAAAAUCUCCAGCCAAUGGAACAAAGAUGAGAAUAGCAGCACUGAUGAUUUUCCCAGGAAGGAUAUUGGGUUGUUACAAAUUCAAGACGAGCGUGACUUUGAAGAUUUUCUUCUCGACUUUGAAGAAGAUUUGAAAGCUCAUCAUUCAGUGCAAUGUUCGCCUUCUCCAGGUCCCUUCAAACCAUGCGAUCAUCUGUUUGGUAGCUGGCUGAUCAGAAUUGGAGUAUGGACCAUCGUUGGUUUGACCUUUGUUUGCAAUGCGCUGGUGACAGCUACAGUUUUCAGAUCUCCAUUGUAUAUGUCCUCCAUAAAGCUUUUGAUUGGUCUAAUAGGUAUUGUAAAUGCCUUGAUGGGUCUUUCCAGUGGAGUACUGGCUAGUGUGGAUGCAUCAACUUUUGGUAGCUUUGCUCAGUAUGGAGCACAGUGGGAAAGUGGAAUUGGUUGCCAAAUGACUGGUCUUCUCUCCAUUUUUGCUUCAGAAGCUUCCAUUUUCCUCCUUACCCUGGCUGCGCUUGAGCGUGCCUUCUCGAUAAAGCAUGCUACAAAGUUUGAAACAAAAUCCUCUAUUGCUAGUGUAAAAAUUGCCAUUUUCUUUUGUUUUAUGUUGGCAUUAGUCAUUGCAGUGAUACCUCUCCUCACUGGUAGUGAGUAUGGGGUUUCUCCACUUUGUUUGCCAUUACCAUUUGGAGAACCCACUGCUAUGGGCUACAUGGUAGCGCUAGUAUUGCUGAACUCACUUUGUUUCCUGGUAAUGACUAUUGCUUAUACAAAGCUCUACUGCAGUUUAGAAAAGGGAGAACUAGACAAUAUUUGGGAUUGUUCUAUGGUCAAACAUAUAGCCUUGCUGCUUUUUACUAAUUGCAUUCUUUAUUGCCCUGUAGCCUUCUUAUCUUUUUCCUCCUUACUAAAUCUUACCUUUAUCAGCCCAGAAGUGAUAAAGUCCAUCCUGCUGGUGAUUGUCCCACUGCCUGCGUGUCUAAACCCACUCCUUUAUAUAUUGUUCAAUCCACACUUCAAGGAAGACUUGGGAAGUUUGCGAAAGCAAACUCUCUUAUGGAGGAGACCAAAACAUGCUAGUCUGAUCUCUGUGAAUUCAGAAGACAUAGAAAAACAAUCUUGUGACUCAACACAAGCACUGGUAACCUUCACAAGUGCUAGCAUAUCAUACGACAUGCCUACCAGCAAUUCACUCAUGCCAUCGUCUUAUCAAAUGACGGAAAGCUGCAAUAUUUCAUCCGUAGCAUUUGUUCCAUGUCGCUAGUUUCAGCGGCAAUGCAGAAAAUAUUUAUGUUUACAAAAUUUUUUAACCCAAAAGUAAGUAUGGGUGUGUGUUUUCAAGCUAGAGAUUGCCUCUGAAUUACUGUCACAUGCAUCACAAAACAGAUGAUGACUAAAAUCACAGCAGGCUGAAAAUCCAAUAGUUUAGCCUUCUGUUUCAGAGCUACUGGAAUGAAGAGCAGGUGGAUGGUCAAGAGCAAAAAUACUGUGCUGAAUCAGUAAUGUUUUUCUUCAACACACCACCUGGCACAGUUUGUUUCGUGUUAUGGCUUUUUUGUUAUUUUUUCCUACUUAAUAUAAUUUGAUCUUAAUAAUAGAUAUUCAGUGCCAAGUCUGUUUUUAUAAAUGCCUGCAUGUGGCCCUUGUUCAGCAAGGUAUCUAAGUGAAAGAGUAGUCCUGUUGGAAAACCUAAAGGUUUUUGCAGAAUAUACUUCAAUGAAGCUCCUUGUUCAACUGAUAAAGUCCAUUUAAUAGUUUACCUGCUGCUGGGUUUGGUUUUUCAGAAGUUGUCUGACAUGACAAAGUAUUUGAAUUGCCAGCAAAAUCUACAGAAUUAAUAUACAAUAUAAAAGCAAUUAAUCAAAAUCCUGAUAAGCACUUAGAAUGAAAUCAUAAAUGGCAAGCCAUUGCUACAUGAGUAUUUUUUUUACUAAGCUUCUGCACAAUCUGGUCAUGAAUUACCAGCAUGCCAGUAGAAUUACUGUUGGUAAUACUGACAGAUUAGACAUUCAUAGAAUUUGAGGGUAGGAAAUACUACGCAGAAGGUCACGAAUACAGGCAGACUGGCGUGUUGAGUACAAAUAAAUGGUAUGAAAGGCACUCAUACAAAAACACUGAUGUAAGGUCAGUCGUCUAGGAAUGAAAAUGAUAGUCCUGCUCCAGGCAUUUCUAGAAAGCCUCUCCAGGUCAUUAGUUGAAGAUGUGGAGGUCUCUGUGUCUUUUCAACUAAUAGUUAGGUACAGGAAUACAAGAAGGAGCGAAGGUUUUGUGAUCCGUGUUCUUAGCACUGAUGCAAGCACCACAGGAAUAUUUCAGACAGUUUUUGUAUUCACAUGCUAUAAAGAACAUUGGGAAAGUAAAACAUUUGAAUGCCACAAAUAUAUAUAUAUAUAUAUGUAUUUUUUUAAAAAAAAGAAAAGCUUAUCAAAUAAGCAGCUUGACCACAGUUUGUAAGUAGCUACUUCUGGGAAACAGAAGUUUGAAAGAAAGGACUAAGUCAGGAGGAGAAGAAUCUGGUAAGAUCCCAUGGAGGUUGAUGGUAGGUGUGUAUACACAGCAUAAAAAUAAAGGUGUGAAUUGCUGACAGUAACGGUCAUUGCCAAGUAGAACAAUUCGCCACGGCUUGGAACGAAAACUCUGUCACUGAGGAAGUUCAAAUUGGAUACAUUGCCAAAAAAGGUUUUGGAGCAGCUAUUGGAAUUCAGGGAUGCCUGAUGGCAUUAGUUUAGGAGUCGGUUAGAUUAGAUGAACAUAGAGUUACCUCUCUUGAUUGUAAUAUGUUAAUACUUUGCUGAAUCAUGAUGUGUACAUUUACACAUCAAGCAAUUAGGUGAGAAGACUUCAGACCUUUUCCAAGUGUACAGAGCUCCCUUCCUUUGCCCAGAAGACAAGCAGUCUUUGACCUUGGCUGAGCCAUCAGAGGCUUCCAAUCAUCUUUUCUUAGAGCUGGCAUAUUUUGCUCAAGUGAGCUGAUCAUUUACGACACGGAAGUGCACAGUUUUGUUAAAAAUAGCUCCCAGAGGAGUAACCUUUAAUAGCCCAGUAAUCACUUCACAGUUAAUGGCCACUCAACUUCUAGGUGAAUGAGACUAAUUUUUGAACAUUACCACAGUUAGGCUAGCCCAGUAAUUAAGGAAAUCAGUUACAGAUGGUCGCUGUUGUUCAUGUGUUACUGUAUAUGCAACUUUCUGGGACCCGCAGGAUGGAUUUUCACAGUGAAGACUCUAUUGCCAGCAAUGGAUAUGCCUUGGCUUUCUUGUCCACUCACACUGGCAUAUUUGCAGUUUUGCAGUUACAGAUGGCAUCAGUUGACUUUGGCUGACAGGAAAAAAAAAAAAAAUGAACCAAUGCUGAAAUUAUGUAUGAUAAAGUCAGCUGAGAACUUAUCGGAAUCCUUUAUCUCUUGUGGGUUUUGAAGCAGUGCAGCAUACAGCUGGGGAAUGAUGCCUGAAACCACUUUGAAUUAAACAGAGGGUCAGUCAACCAUUGCACAAUACCUAUUAUCAUGUUUACUUAGCUUUAAUUUAACUGGGGUCUGUCUGUGCUGCGCUGCUUAAUGUCAGUGAAAUUCCUUUCAGCUCGCUAUAUUUAAGAAGUCUGUGAAGUGAUUUGAGAAUCAAAGUAAUGUUAUAAUUCUAAAGACUGGUUAAAGAAAGCUUCUUUUAUCAAAACUUUUUUAGCUUGCAGAAAGUCCUAAAGGCUCCAUGUCUUAUUUUUAUAAGCAUGUUUGAAAUAUUUUGAUCAAAUAUUUUAAACUUGAAAUUGUUAAAAUUCAUUUCAUAGAUUUUAAAGUAAAAAUUUGUAAAUAUAGAACUGUAUUUAUUAUUACAGUGAAAUGCAACUCCACUAUAGGACAUGAGAUUAAGCCCUGUACAGUUUCGUAUUGAUAUUUGCUAUAUUUUCUGCUCAAAUAUAUUACUAAAGUCAUUAUCUGUAAAUAAUAUAAUGUAAAUGUGUAGUGAUUGUAAAUAGAUGAUGUGCUUUCUUUUCUACCGGUGUUCCAAACAUAUGUCAGUUGUAAUAAAAUGUGUCUACACAGUAAAGAGCAUUUAAUCAGGGCUUGACACCUCA